GCUUGAACAUUGUUAAACCCUGCAGAGUCAAGGAAAACUUUUAUUAUAAAACAUAUCUUGAUAUCAUGACUCAUAACAUUAUCAUACGAACAAAGUCAUUGGGUAUGAUGACAUACAGAUUUUUACGACGUACACAAACAAACUAUAUAGCACAUUCAUGGCUAAUGCAUUAAGUGGGCAUUUUGAUUCACACUGUUAAGUGAUUUUUUUGUCACACCAGUUUAACAAUUGUAAGCAGCGAGAAAGGUUUGUAUGUACUAAUUCAACAAGAUCCAAUACUUUAGGUAAAAAAAUCAUCAUCAUCAUCAUCAUCAUCAUCAUCAUCAUCAUCAUCAUCGUUUUCAUCAAUUUCAUCAUCAUGAUUGUGAAAAUUUUAUCAUCCAUCAAACAAUGUUUCAGAUUAUGAUUCUCAAGCAAUGGUGAUGUCUCAUGUUAAAAAUGUGUGUGUUUUUUCCAAAUUUCGAAUUGUUUAACAUUUUGAGUUUCUUUUCAAAAUUUAUAGUAGAUAACUGCUCUGUAAAUGAUAUGUAGUGCCCUUCAAAGCUUCAAUGUAGUAUACAUCUUGGCUGAUGACUGCAUUGUUUUGUUCUGUUUAAUAAAAGCACUAUCAGUAAGUGAAUGUUAUUUUGUGAUAAUUAUAGUUUCAAGACUGUAUUAUGUGUUUAUUUGUGUGUCGGUCAUGCUGUAUAUUUGAUAUAUGGUACUUUUUAAUGGCUUAGAUUAUAGAUUCAGUGAGCAUUGAGUAUAUAUAUAUUCCCUCUGACCUAUUUUACUGUUCUUACCACCUCUCUUAACUUAUUUUACACCAACAUAUCACAAGUAUUUCUGUACUGUUGUUUGAUUGGCUAACACAUAAUUGGAAUAUUAGAUGAUAGUUAAUUGUUUAUUUCAGACCAGUGUAGCAUAAUUAAAACACUAAGGGAGCAUAAGAGCAUACAUAAAAUAAGACUAUUUAAAAGAAUUACCAAGAGAUAUAUAUACAAAUAUAAAAUUUCUAGUAGGUUUCUUCUGCUUGUAAGUUCUUGUUUUUUUUGUAAUAAUUUUUAUUUUGUUGGUUCCUUUCACCUCAUUUUGCUUCGAGAUAUCCCUGAUACACAGCUCUAUUUUGGCAUACAUUGUGAGAGCCGAAUUUCCAAAAUGGCUAUUUUCUUUAAUUAACUCUUCGGGAAGUCUAAAAAGAAAUAUGUGUGUGUAUUUCAGUACUUUCACUGUCAUAUUUACAUGUCAUUGAAGGCAUGAGGCGGUAAAUUCUCCUUUCACAUUGCAUGUCAAAGUUUAAAAAUAACUUAUGCAAAUAAAUCAAGGAUAUCUCUUUUUAAUGUGAUGACCUAAUAACAUGUGUAUGUUGUUACUAUUUACACGAAAGAAUGUGGCUGUGGCGGUCAUGUUUAAAGUCAUAAAUUAGCACACUCUAGCAUGAUUUUACUGCUGACCUAACUUAACACCCUCCCUUUAAAAUGAUGUCAUGAUGUCAACAUUGGUCACAUGACCUGUAUCACAUGACAGGAAGUUGACACUGCCUGGCAACCACCACAUGUCAUUUUACUGGAAUGGGCAAAAUGGUAAUUGUGGAGGAAAAUCAAAUUUUUACUAUUAAAUAUACUUUUGCUAACAAAAAUAAUUUAGAACCUUUAAAACUGUUUUUGUUUGGUGUGUAUGUUUAAACUGUUCUUUCCACAAUGGUCCAUUUAAGAUGUGAUAGGGUUGGUUUAAUAUGGGAAUUAUAAUCACUGGUGUUGGGCCUUCUCAACUUUGUAAGGUAAACGCUCAGUUGUAUAUUUCUAUCAUAAAUAGGUGAGUAGACCGGUGAACAUUAGUAUUGAAGAGAUUGCACUGAAAACCAAAGCACCAAGUAAACGGAAAAUGUUUGUGAUUUCUUGCCAAGGUCAAGGUUUUUGUUCCCAAGCUUACCUAGAAGAAUUGAGUGGGCUACAGUUGACUGCCGUAUGAACAUGUUGUGCAAUGCAUGCACUCAAAGUAGUAGAGUUAGCGGACAGAGAUGUCUGUUCCUUUGUCAUGUACUAGUACAUGUAUUCCUGUCUUCCUAAUAUAUUGUAGGAGUUUCUUGUUUAUAAUUUCCUCACUUCUGCCUUGACUGCUUGCUUUAUAUGCCAUUUAUGUAAAGAAACGGCAAUUAUAAUUGCAAUAAAUUCUAACCAGAACUAAUGAGCGAUUUUAUUUUAACAAGGGUAUUUAAUGCAUUUUAAGAGAUAAUUUCAUGGUAGGGACCUGUUUUCAUAUUUCCUGGUUCCUUUUAAUGUGCCAGGCACAAGAGUUGCAUUAAUGAAAGCAGACAUUGUCACUUAUUGUGUUUUUGCUAGUUGACUGUACAGUUUGGAGAACUUUGCUGAGAGGAGAGAUAAGAAUGUGCAUGCAAUUUUGUAUUGUAUUAUUUCUGUAUGUAUACUGUGGCUUGUUCCAAUAGAGCAGCGUGUAGUAUGAAUGGUAUUUACUUACACAUAUAUUGUUAACUCAGCAAGACUAAUACUUUUUAACAUCAGCAUACAAAAUUUAAAACUUUAUAAUUUUUCAUAAAUCAAAAUUUAGUGUUACUAAUAUAUAAAUAAGUCACAUGAAAUUUUAUUUAAAGAAAUAUCAGUUUUACAUUGCUGGCAUACCACUGUCUCAUUUUUUUAAUAAAAUUCUUGUUUUUAUAGGACAAAAUAAAGGGUUAGUAUAUGUAAUGGUACAAAUCACAUAGAUCUAAAUAUUUUAAGUUUUCUUAACAUAACUAAGCAUUUGAGACAUAAAAUAGAAAUACAACUUUCUGUUUAACUGUUUAUUUUAGGAGUAUGAAAUUGUUCUUAAAAAGUAUUCUGGUGUCUUUGUUGAAAAAUAGUUCUGUAAAAAAAUAGUUCUGUAAUCAAAAAGGGAAUUAUGGCCAGGUCAGAUGUUCAUCAUUUUAUUCUUUAUUUCCCAUUCAGAUGGAGUGCUGGCUAUCAAGGCUGACCUCCAGGAUGGGAAGGGACCGAGUGCUGCCCUGCUCACCCAGAGGACGGACAAAAAGUCUCCGGGUCAUGACGGCAAGCCAGGUCACGUGUCCUUCCAAUUCACCAAGUCGAGGACCGGGAGAUUGGUCAACGCACAGCCGUUCAUUCGACGGGAAGAGAAACGGGCAUCACCGGUUGAGAUCAAACUCCUGAAACCGGAGGCGGAGGCAACCAACUCAACUCCAGGGACAGAACAUUCAGAGGAGUCAAAGGAGACAGACAAUGAGGAGGAAAAAGACUCUGGUGUGGAUAAUAAGGCAGAAACUGUUCUGAACGUUGAGAGAAAGGAUAGCGAGAGUGAAAGUAUAAACACUGCUACUAAGAUUGUUUCUGUUCUGAGGCCACCUGUCAUGAGCUCUUUUGUUAAGGUUCAAAGUAAAGAUGAGAAUGGAAAAUUGCUAGACUGGCCAAUAGAGAUGAUACAGUAUACUAAAACACAGCCAAAUCUAAUGUUUAGUUGUAAUCCAUUGUCUUUUGAUUUUUCUCAAUUGUUUGGUAUCAAGUCAAAGAAGUCUCCUGUUACGGCUGAUCAAGGGGUAGUAGAUAAUAAAACUGAAGGUGAGAUGGAUAGUGUUGUAGUAAAGCCUGAAAAGGCCGAAAGUGAUGGCGAUAAACCUGGUGAUGAGAAGAAAAAGACACACAAGAAAAAGAAAAAGAAAAAGCAUAGGAAAAACAAAGAUAAAAGUGCAACCAAGGAAGAUGGCAAGGAAGGUGCAGAAAAACCAGAGGAAGCGACUUCUAGCAGUAAGAGAAAGAAAAAGAAACACAAAAGGAAAGAAGAAAAGGAUAAUGAGAGUAAGGAAAAUAAGGAUGAAAAGGUGACUGAAGGCGAAGAUAAAGAUAAAAAGAGACAUAAGAAAAGUAAGAAGAAGAGCAAACACAGUGAGGAAGAGGGUGAAAAAGCUGGAGAGGAAGAUGGAGAGAAGAAGCACAAAAAGAGGAAGAAGAAACGAUCCAAGAAAAAGAAAAGGAAACAUGAGAGUGAGAAUGAGAAAUCUGAGAAUGAAGGCAAAGAAAAGGCUGGAACUGACUCAGAAAAGGCGAGUGAUGACGAACAGAUUAAAGAUGGGAAAAAGAAAAGGAAAAAGCGGAAGAAGCACCACAAAAAGAAAGAGGAUGGUGGAAAUGAAAGUAGUGAAAACGAGCAGCAAGAUACAAGCUUGGAAAGUGUUGAGCCAGAAGCAUCAAAGACUGUUACAAAGGGUAAAAUUGGUGGUGUUGAUUCUGACAUAGAAAAUGAUAAAAUAGUGGCCAAGUUGCAAGCACUGAAUAGAACCAAGACUGCUCAAAAGCAAAUCACCAACAACAUAAAUAUUCAGAAAAAGGUGAAGAAAGAAACAGUUGAAAUUCCUGAAAAACAUGAAAAGAAAACUCCAUCCUCAGAUAGAAAAAGGCUGAAUAGUGAAUCAAGUAUGCCUGAUACAACACCAGUGAAAAAGAUAAAAGUGACUCCGAGAGCUUCAACAAUGAAAGACAAUGUUCAAAUGACAGCAACAGUCGCUCCUGCUACAACUGUUUCAACUGUAAAGAUAGAAAAAGUAGAAAAAGCGGAAUCUUGGAGUCAGAUAGAAACACAAACAAAAGACAAUGUGAAAUCAAAGUGGGAAACAAGCGACAGUGACAUGGAGAAUGCUCUUGAUGAAACUCUGAAAAAGCAGAAAGUGCUAAGAAAAAGACUGCCCAACCGGACUGGAACUAAAGGUCGUACUCCAAUCACAAAUGCCAGACAAAAUGUUAAACCUGAAUUAGAUCACAAAAAACCUCAGCAGAGUAAUUCCCAGAGGUCACAUAAGUCCAACUUGUCAUUAGGAAGUGGAGGGAAAUUAACAGUAAAGAGUGUUGAUAAGGUAAGAAAACAUUCUCACAGUCCAGCAUCUAGUCGCAGCAGAUCCCGAUCCAGACACAGAUCAUACUCCAGAUCAGGAAGUUCAUCCCGCUCAAGAAGUAGGUCCUACUCUUCGUCCUCUUACUACACAGAUGAUUCCAGAUAUUCUAGCUCACGCUCAUAUUCAAGGUCUACAAGUCGUUCCAGAUCUCGAUCCUAUCACCGACACAGUCGACGCUCGUACAGUUACUCCGACUACAGUAGAUCAAGAUCACGGUCUUAUUCAAGUAGUAGAAGCAGGUCCCAUAGAAGACGAAGAAGGUCCUACUCCAGCAGGUCUAGAAGUUACAGCACUAGCUCAUACAGCAGUAGGUCUAGAAGCAGAGGCAGAUCCUACAAAAGACCUAAACGAAAACAUAGGCGAAACCGAAAGAAGAGAUCUAGACAAAGGUCUUUAUCACCGCGCCCUGUUGACAUCAAGGUCGUGACGAAGGCUAAACCAGUAGAGGAGAAAGAGGUAGUGAAAGAAGUGAAAGAGAAGGUUGACCCUUCAGAUAUACCCUUACCUGAUCUCUCUGACAAGAAGGAAGAUGAAAAUUCUGAAGCCAAAUUACAGAAGCUCAAAGAAAAGAAGAGAAGAACUGAUGUAGGUGAAACAGUUGCUAAACUUGUUGAGUCCCUUCCAGAUAUUCCACUACCAUUCAGUGAAGGAGACAGCAAAACUGUUUCAUCUGAUUCCCUUCCACAUGGCUCACCAAAGGAAGCUCCUAAAGAGACUGACAGUGGUUUCAUAGGACCAAAGAUGCCAGGUCCUCCCCCACCACCGCCAGGAGGUAGAGGCUUUGGUCCAAACCAUGGUCCCCCAGGGCCACCAAGACCAUAUGGGCCUGGACAGUGGGAUGACUGGGGCUACCAUGGAUGGGAGGGCCAUCCUGGACCAUGGGAUGGCCCUGGUCCUAGACCACCGUACAGAAUGAGACAUCCAGGUCCCUACGAUCCAAGAAUGUAUGGACCUCGUCACAGAUUGCCUUUCAUGAACCGUCCAAGAGGUCCACCUCCUUAUGGAAUGGCCCCAAGGUACCCAGGACCUCAUGGGCCAUACCCAGACUACAUGGACUAUGAUUAUGAAGGGCAGUAUGGGGAAGAAGAGCAACAAGUAGAGAACAAAACACCCCCACCACUUCCAAAGGAUCCUCCAAAGUCAUCAUCUCCAAAACCACCACUGCCAAAAAAGAAGAAAGAACCAGAACAAAAUCCAGACAUUGUUAUACCUCCUGAACAAGCUGAAAUGUACAAGCAUUUGCAGAAGCAAGCAGCUAAGCAUGCAAGAAAGCAGCUGAGAAAACAGGCGAGGAAGGAGGCAGGGGAAGCAGAAGAAGAGUCUUCAUCAUCGGAAUCUGAACCUGAGGAACAGCCAGCUACAGAGCUGGUAAGUGAGGAGGGGAUGGAUGAAACCCAGCAGCAGGUCUUGAUGCCCCAGAUGGUGUUAGCCCAGCCCCAGCCAGCUGGGAGUCCAACCGGGGCUUACAUGAUUGUGGUUAGCGGUGGACAGCAGUUUAUUGUCCAGCGACCUGUAGCAGCAGGCAUACCCAUGCAGGCAGGCCAGCCCAUGAUAGCUUCCUCGCAGGGAGCAGUGUUUGCAACAGCACAGGCAGCAGCAUCUGGGGCUCUUCCAGCCCACAUAAUGCAGCAUGUACCAGUCCAAGGUCAUAUGAUGGCUGCCCCGGCCCACCUUGGAGGAGUGAUGCUCACCACUGGACAUAGCUCUCUGCAGCAACUACAGCUGCAACAACAACUUCAACUGCAGCAGCAGAUACAUCAGGCCCAGCAGGUGCAGGCCAUCCAGGCACACAAUCAGGCGGUAGCUAUGGCAGCUGCCCAGCAGGGACCCAUAUUGGUUGGAAAUCAGAUACUUGUGCCCAGAAUUGGGUACCGGCCAGGCAUCUAGUCGCAGUCUGUUGAAAUCCACAUAGGUUAUGGACCUGGUAUUAAAAUGCCUUGAUCUCAGACUGAUUCCUGACUUUGGGCUUAUACCUGGGUCAGGAUUUGUAUAGAUAUUGUCAGAAGUGUUUGGUGCCAGAAUUAUGACAGCUAGUGGAUAUGAAAGGACAGUGCUUUAUUUGGAAUACACUAUGAUAUGGCUAGAGAUUGUUAAGGGCAAUUUUGUUGAGGGCCUCUGUUUGCUAGAAUUUUUGUUAAAAAAUCAAGAGACAGUUAGUGAUAGAAUUCUGAUUAUUUGAAUGUAAUUGUACUUAUUGACGAGGUCAAAACUAUUUUAAAUUGAUUUGAUGUAUUUUGUCUCGGCUUUCAUAUUAAAAGAGGAUAUUGACUGAAAGUAGAUUUUGUUUGACAUAUUAUUUUAUCAAGAAUAUGUUUCUCAUCUUUUUAACAUUAUUAUAUUGUCAUUAUCAGAAUUAUUUAACAUAGCUUCUUAUUUACUUUAUGUGCUGGUAUUUAUUAAGGAUUGAAAUGUCACAUGACUUUUAUGAAUAAUUUGUGCUUCAUCUGGUUUAAAAUUGUUUUAUGAUUGCAUUUGAAAUUGUUAUUUUAUGCUGUAUAUUUAUGAUUUUCUUUUCAAGAAGAAGUCAUUUUUUUUCUUUGCUAAAAUGACUUAAAAAAACAAUGUGUAAGUUUUUAUUCUGUCAAAAUGCACUUUUAUCCAUCGUGAUGUAUCUUGUAAAUAUGCCAUUUAACAUUGAUUACACUUGUCAUUUGUAAAUAUUGUUCAUAAACCAAGAACAUUUCAUUUUCAAAAUGAUGUUAUUACCCAUUAUUUGCUCAUGACAGACUUUACAUACAUGCAGAAUGAAUUCAAAUCUACGUUGUUGUUACGUUGUGUUGAGAAAGACUGUACAUUGUAGGAGGAUGUAAAAGAGAGAGAAAGAUUUAGGAAAGUACAACAUUACCUUAGAUUUGGAUAUAUAUGGACACUACAAGUAUACAAAAAUAGAACUCAAAGUUAAAAGAAUCCAAAUGUGAGGUCACUACCUUAUUUUUGCCAAUUAUUGACUUGGGCCCAAAAUCUGUGUUACACUACGACUAGUUUUUACAAGUACGAUUAAUUUUAGUAUUUGUCAUAUUUUACAAAAAAAAAAACAGCGCAAUUAUAUACAUUUUUUCAUUUUUUUUUUUUUUUUUAAAUUGAUUAACACUACGUCAAAAAAUUAUUUUCCAACCACCCUGUGUACUGUAAUAUGUGUUAAUUAUAGUCCUUUCAACAGUCAUAUUUCACAAGAGUAGGGAGAUAAUAAUGUUGUACUUUCCUUUUGUGAGAAAGAAGUUGUUUGAUAUGCAGAUCAAAUCACGGAGUGUUACUCAUGAUUCUUAUAUUAAAAAGACUUGUAAGCAGUGACAAAAUGUUGUCUAAUUGUUUCUUAUUUCACUUGCAUACCGGUACUUGUGUUCAGUUUAAAGACGUUUUUCUGCUGGAGGAGUUAACUACAGUUCUGCUAGAAGAGUUAACCACAGCAGUGUGCAUACUGAGUUAUAGGGCUUUUCUAGAACAGCUAGUACAGAGAAUCAUGAUAAAUGAUUUUAAGCACUAAGCACUAAAAGUCUCUAACUUAGAAGAUGAUUAAUAUGUAAAUGCAGUCUUUUUAGAUGAAGAACUGUGUAUCUUUAGGUUCCAUUCAUUUCUCUUACUUUAUCACGUACAUUUUGAUUUUUAGCCCCAAUGCCUUCAAAGUUCUAAGUAGCUUUUUUUUUUUAAGCCAAAUUUCUUUUUAAAAAAGACGUUCAUCAUGAUUAUUAUAAAGAUGUUUUCCCUUUUCAAAUCCAUAACCUCUUGAGAAUGUAGAUGAUUGAUAAUACACAAAUCAUUCCAAAACUAAAGUAAUGAGUUGAGCAUAAUCAUGUUAAGUGACUUGCGAAAUUUGGAGGUAUUGGGGCCAGUUGUUCUAGUUAAAAGGCCAUUUUCUUCAAUCUUUUUCUUGUAUGUCUAAAUGGCAUUGAACAUAUUAGAAUAAAUCUUAGCCUAAUGAUUUCAGUCAUUUUAACUGUAUGAAUCUGUAUUGUAUUGCACCAAGGGUUUGGAGAGGUAUGCUGUAUGGUCUAUUUCUGUUCAACUCAGACGAGCAGAUGUGAUUGCCUUGUAUUUAUUAAGAAUAUUGUCACAUGUGAUAACAUAAUUGUUAACAUGUUUAUUGACUAUAAAAUGAUGACAUAUUGAA